CCCAAGCACGAGGUCGAGGGAGAAAGAAGAAAGGAGCGGAAAACAUGGCACUCACAAAAUUAGAAAAACUAGUACUGCCAGGCAUCAUGCUCCUUGUAGAGCUGAUUCUCAUUGUUAUAUUUGGUCUACUAGUGGAAUAUGAUGAAGGUGGAUCUCCUGAUCAUGAAUACGAGGUAGCUAUGGAGCUAGCUAACAGGAGCGGGCAUUUCGACCCAACUCUUGCUCAGGAUUAUAUUUUAAGACUAGAAUCAACCAGGACUGCUACUAAAGUUUACCCUUUUUUCCAAGAUGUUCAUGUCAUGAUAUUCAUCGGUUUCGGUUUCCUAAUGACAUUUCUCCGUCGCUAUGGUUAUGGCAGUGUUGGUUUCAACAUGUUGUUGGCGGCUUUCGUAAUCCAAUGGAGCACAGUGACAUUAGGACUCUUCUCAUUCAUUGACACCGAGCACUAUAGAAUUACCAUUGGACUAGAAAAUCUGGUAUUAUCUGAUUUUGCUGCAGCUGCUGUCCUCAUAACUUUUGGCUCCAUGCUAGGAAGGGCUAGCCCUUUCCAGCUGUUUGGUAUCGCUAUCUUUGAAGUUAUUUUCUACUCCGCUAAUAAUGCCAUCAAUGAUCAUGUCUUUAGAGCGGCUGAUGUGGGUGGGUCAAUGAUAAUCCACUCUUUUGGAGCGUAUUUUGGUCUUGCAUGUUCUGUGAUCCUCCAAAGGAAGAAGGCAAUCGAUCAUCCAAGAAACUCAAGUGCCUAUCAUUCCGAUAUGUUUGCCAUGAUUGGUACUUUGUUUUUGUGGUUGUUCUGGCCCAGUUUCAAUGGUGCCUUGGCUUCUGGUAAUGCUCAGUACAGGGCUAUCAUCAACACGUACUUCUCAAUGACCGGGAGUGUCAUUGCAACAUUUAUAUUCAGCAUGGCAUUGGACGGGAAGAGAAAGCUGGACAUGGUUCAUGUUCAAAAUGCUACGUUGGCUGGAGGUGUGGCUAUUGGUUCCGUUGCUGACAUGUUAAUUGGCCCAUGGGCGGGACUUUUUAUCGGCUUCCUUUCUGGCAUUAUAUCAGUCGUUGGAUACAAAUAUUUAACACCUACAAUGGAUAAAUGGUUUUACGUUCAAGAUACUUGUGGGGUUCACAAUCUUCAUGGUCUACCUGGUCUUCUCUCAGCAGUUGCUUCAGCCAUUGCAGCCGGAGUCGCUUCCAACACAGCUGGCACUAACCUGGUCAACUAUGGCAGCAGUUUAUAUUUGGUGUUUCCUGCUCGUGCUCCUUCCUCUAAUCUUACAGUAGAGGAGAUACUCCUUGGCAUAGAGACUGGAGAGGGCCGGUCAGCAGGUGAACAGGCUGGAUACCAACUGGCACUGUUAGCAAGCACUUUAUUCAUUGCAGGAAUUGGAGGGAUCAUAACAGGUUUGAUUGUUGGCUGUAUUCCAUGCUUUCAGAAAGUUGCAGAUGACGGAUUGUUUGAUGACGACUUGUACUGGCAGUUACCUGAUGAUGCCGAUAAUUACUUACCUAAAGAUGAGGACGAAGAGCAAGCAUCAUUGCUUCCUAACUCACCCUCUCAAAUUGAAAGUGGUCUGAACGGCUUGAAUGGGAAGAGAAGACGCCUUACUCCAGAGGAUGAGAGAAAGAGCUCGGAACCCAUUAGUCUUGAUACUCCACCCUCACAGCGUAAACCAGGCGCUAUUAAGGUCCUACCUCUUAUAAGUAUGCGUGGUGAGUCCGGCAGUAUUGAGCUUGAUGAUAUCACACGUACACCGGAAGCUGAAGACUUAAAAGUGUCAAACGUUUAAAAGACAAUUUCAUUUUUUUUCAUUUUUGUAUUAAGUAAAUUAAUUUGAUAGGUUUUAUUGUUAUAAGGAACAAUAAAAAUUAAUUUUGCAAUCAAAUUUAGGCCUGGUUUUGCAAGCAUUAUUGCUGCAGAUAAUUUUUGCUCUGUAACAUUAUUAUAAUCAUUAUUGACUUUAUAAUAAAUAUUAAUUAUUGUUUAUUCUGAAAAUAACGAAAUAUGACGAGA